AUGGUUGUUGCUGUUGUUCUUAGGGUAACAGUUUUGGUUGUUAUUUUUGGUAAUACUGUGGGAGAAAUACAGUGUGAAUCUAAUGAUUUCAUGUCAGUUAUUGCAAGCCUUUCACAGUGCCUGAAUUAUUUAAACGGGCAAUCAGACACUCCGACGUUGCCGUGUUGUACUCAGAUUGCGGCGGUGGUGAAGUUGAAUCCGGAAUGUUUGUGUGAAGUGCUGCAAAAUGGAGGAGGUGCUUCUGCGGAGAUCAAUAAGAAUACAACAAGAGCUUUGGAAUUGCCUGCAGUUUGCAAUGUUACUACUGCACCAGCUAGUGAGUGUAAUGGGACUGUUCGUAGACCAAGUUGCUCCCCCUACAGGUGGUGGACCAAUUGGUGCAUUAGAUGCAAUUGUUAUUGCAUUUGUUGUUGCUUCGAUGAUAAUUACUUUUCUUAUAAUUUGCCUUUCUUGUGGCGCUACUUAAUUCUUGUGGAACCCGAUAACUUUAGACGCAUAUACAAUCAAGAGCGUGCGGCAUAUGCAUAA